UAUAUCUGCCCUUACCUAACCAACCAAAUUACAAAACUGCCCCUAAGAAAUCUCUUUUGUUAUGCCAUCAUCUUCCACACACUUGCAAGUCCUUCAAUCUCUUUCUUCUACGCAAACAAAUCUCUCAUCUCUCUCUCUCUCUCUCUCUCUCUCUUUCUUUCUUUCUUUCUUUCUUUCUUUCUUUCUUCCUUCCUGUGCAACACAAUCUUAAAAGAGAAAGUCGGUGCAACCGUGCACCGACAUUAUUACGAAAUUGCCCUCGAUUAAUUAUUUCUGUUUAAUAUCCUUUCAGUCUUCUCAAAAGGGGUUGUUUUCUCUGUCUUCGGAGGAGUACCACCAUGGAAGGCUGGGAUCCAACCACCAAGGCAAAGGGACAAUGUCAAAUUUUUUUCUUUUUUGUCAUUUCUAUUGCAAGAUAUUCAUGGCAGGAUGAUGCUGCAAUAUGCUGCUCUGAUCUGGAGUGAAUCAGGGUACAAGCAAGGGCAUCAUAUCUCCCCGAUUACCUACUGUGCGUCCCCAAUACCAACAUUCAAUGGCGGCGAUGGUGUUUUCCGAAGAUUCUAAGGGUUGACGGCUCCUGCCCGGUUCUGGUAGGAAGCUAGGGUUCAGGCCAAUUUCCGGUAACUCAAAUGCGCUUCCGAUUAACAAACACUGGCCCGAAUAUAUGCCAGGUCUGAAUUUUUGCAAUCAUUUGUCAAUUUUGUUUUCUUUUGAAUAUCUAUAUGGUCUGUAUUGAUUCUUGAUCCAAUGAUUGUUUUAAGGGUUUUUGUUCAACAAAUCGAUUUUAGAUCUAUUGUGUAUUGGUUGGUGGUAAUUUUUUUGUUUGUUUUUGCUUUUAUUUUUAUGUAAAAAAAUAAAGCAACGAUUUCGGACUUGCUCUAAUUGUUAUUCGGCAUUUUAGAAUGUAUUUUUGGGAUUUUGGUACUUAGAAAGUGUAUGCACGCCAGGUGUUUGUGAAAAUGCUUCUAUUAUUUGGCAGUUAUAUAACAAAAUUUACAUUAGUUUUAUGGCUCACUAAUGAAUACACAGGUGGUUAUGGCACAAUAUACACAUUAAAACAGACGGCACGACAUUUGUUGCUAAAUGUAAGGAGCUGAGUAUUCAGUUAUGCUAUGCCUUUUCGGUUCAACAAUGUCAAUAUUAUUUAUGAUGCAAAUGUAUUCAGUCAUGCUAUGCCUUUUACCGUUGACAAUCACGAAUUGCAGUUACCUUUUACCGGGUAAGCUUUCGAUUUAACUUCUAUUUCGCAAGUUAUCUCAAUCUACGACAUUUGCAUCAACCGUCAACAAUUUGUUUUUUAGUUUCCCCCAACUAAAACCCAAUUUUUUACUAAGUUGUAAAUUAAUACAUCUUGGUGUAGGUAUAAGUGUUAUUUAAUACAUUGGCUCAUUUGGUUAGAAAAAAGAAAACAUGUGGACAUCCGCCACAACCACGACGGAUCUGAACGAGAUCCGCCAUAGCCACGGUAGAUCUAAAGGAGAUCUGGGUUUUGUGGACAAGAAGACACACAAAGACGACAACGGUUAGGUGGUGGUGGUGAUUAGGCGGUGGUUGGCGGCUAGGUGGUUGGGCGGCUUGAUCUGACUUGCGGUGGUGAUUGGCGGUGAUCAGAGGUGAUGACAGUUGUGUGGUGCGAUGACGACGAUGACGGUUCGAUGAGGGUGGGUCGGUGAUGAUGGCAGUAGUGUGGUAAGAGUCAACAAGUUGUCAAAUAUUAUUUUGGCUUAAUAAAACGUUUCAGGUCCGUCUAGAUUGAGCCUCGCUGUGCCCGGCCGCCUAGGCGCGCGCUUUUUGCGCUUUUAACAACAUAGAUGUAUAUGUGUGUGAGAGGGGGGAGGACCGGCUUGAACGUCCGCAAGAGGACGCCGACGACGCCGACGGGGUGUGGAAAUGGCGUGCAGGUGCGGCCCUUUGAAGUAAUAGCAUGCGUUGUGUUUUGGAUGAUAGGGGCGUUAAACACUGUGACAAUGGCAAUGUUAAGCGAUGAUUUUUUUACUCACUUAAAGUUUGAGCUAGGAGAGCUUCAGUUUGCUGUUCAAAAAACUGAGGAUAUGGAAGACAGAGUGAUUGACUUCGAAGCACUACAAAAAGUCCUUCUUGAAGGAAUAGGAGCUUAUGAUAAACUGCAAGCUAACAUAGUGAAGGCAAAGGAUAAACCUAAACACAUCAUAUAACGCUUGGACUAAUCCGUUCGAUAUUUGCGAAGUACCCGCGCCGCAACGCGCGCGGGUCUUUUUACUAGUAAUGUACUAAAGUAAUCUAUACAAGUUACCACAUACAGUAGAAACUCGAUAAAUUAAUACUCGAUUAUUUAAUAAACUCUUUAAGAUAA